GACACAACCUUCUUUCUAAGAGUUUAAAAUAAGACCCAGAAAUUCCCAUUUUAACAAACAAACUGGGAGCUUAAAAUGCCAUCAUCAGUUACCGAGACUCACAGAGAAAAUGCUGAGAUUUACCGUGGAGAAGAUCUUUGCAAGCAAAAAUUUUUGGAGCUGCUUGAGGAAAUAUCUUUGCCCAAGGGCAUCGUACCUGUUGAAAUAAUAGAGUUCUGUCGAAAUCGAUCAACUGGGCUUGUGUGGAUGAAGCUGAAGAACAAGAAAGAGCACAAAUUUAAGCGGAUUAAUAAGGUAGUAUCGUACGAUAGAGAGAUCACCUUUUUUAUAGACAGUGGCGGUAUUAAGAAACUCACAGGAAUCAAGUGCAAGGAGUUGUUUAUUUGGAUCACCAUUUCCGGCAUGUUUAUCGAAGAUCCUUCCUCUGGAAAGAUUUCCUUUACUAUUCCCAGUGGCUUGAAAGCCCAUUUCCCUAUUUCGGCCUUUGAGUUGGAAGAAGACGACAACAGAAAAUAGGAAGAAUCGAUCAAAACAUGUAAACUUAAGAUUCUUAUGAUGUUGUGGGUUUGGUUUACUUGUAGUUGCUAAAAGUUCCUAAGAAGUUUCUAGGAUUGCUGGAGUAUAUUUUUGCUCCAUGUCAAACCAUAGAUGAUGAAGCAUUUAUAUUUUGUUUUUAUUAAUUCUAAUGCUUACAGAUAAUGAAACCUGGUUUUGCAGAUCCACAA